UCGGGGCGCCACGCGCGCGCCGCUUGAGGGUCCGCCCAGCUCGCCAUGGACGUGGUCGCGCCGCACAUCAGCUCCGUGCUGCGGACGUACCAGGCCAGCGCGCCGCGCAGCCUGCAGGGCCCGGGCGGCGCGGCGCCGGGCCGCGCGCCCGCGCCGCCGCCGCGCGCCGCGCCGCCCAUCCCGCUGGGGCCCGCCGCCGACGCGCUGGGCGAGCGCGGCGAGACGGCGCUGGAGGGCGAGCGAGUGGCGUGCUUCAGCGUCGGCGGCGAGCGGCGCCUGUGCCUGCCGCAGAUCCUCACGUCCGUGCUCACGGACUUCUCGCUGGAACAGAUCAACCGCGUGUGCGACGUGCUGCAGAUCUACUGCUCGCGCUGCUCGCCCGAGCAGUUGCACGAGCUCAAGGCCACGGGCGUGCUGCCGCGCUCGGCGCCGUCGUGCGGCCUCAUCACGCAGACGGAUGCCGAGCGCCUGUGCGCCGCGCUGCUGCACGCGCCGGGCGCGGCGCCGCGCAAGCUGCCGGGCUUCCGCGUCUACCACGAGUGCUUCGGCGGCGCACGCGGCGUAUGCGCCGCCGAAGCCGGGCUAGUGCAGUGCGCGGAGUGCCGCGGCCUGUUCGCGCCGCGCCGGUUCGUGUGCCACUCGCACGGCACGGAGCACCGCACGUGCCACUGGGGCUUUGACUCGGCGCGCUGGCGCCGCUUCCUGUUGCUGUCGGACGACGAGCCGGAGCGCGAGAAGUGCACGGCGCUGCUGGACGACCUGGCAGCGCGGGACGCGCGCGACCCGCAGCCGCAGCCGCAGCCUCUCGUGCUCGCCAAGCAUCAGAUACCGCUCAAACGAAAACAGGCUGUGGAGACGGUGGUAUGCAAGCCAGAGCCUCCGGAGUCGCCUCCCAAGAAAGCAAGGAGCGAGGACUAUAGCUACGCGAUAUAUCUGGACCCCUACGCGCAUCUGCGGUACAGAACAGUGCCAGCCUUCAGGCCCUGGGGGAAGAGGGAACCGGAGUUACAGCACCCAGAAAGAGUCGUCCGUGUGGCAGAUUGCACUAGGUUCGAGCAAGACUUCCAGCCAAAUGUAGCUUUAAAACCUCUAACACCUCCUGUGGAUGACGUUACAUCAUCCACCUCCCCUCCGCCUUCGGAUCCAGAACUAACAGCGCGGCUGCUAGACGCAGAAGCAAGGUUAUCGGAAAGAGAACGACAGCUUAACGAAAGAGAGGAAGAACUAGCGCGGCGAGAAGUGAACCUCCAGGAAAGAGAGAGGGAGAUUGAGCGACGGGAGCGAGCAUUAGAAGAGAAAAUAGAAACGAAGCGAGAGCCUACCUCUUCCCCAACGGAGGACCCCGAUGGCCGGCCGUGUUGACCUACGCGAGUGAUCGUCAGGUUACGAUUUAAGUGAAAGUGAUGAACGCUAGGAUAUUGCGUCUUCAGAGUACAAAGUUGUGAAAGAAUUGACGUUUGGAAACGCGCCGCGUCGUCGAGCCGUGUAAAUACGCCUACGUUUAAAAAAAACUUUUUCAAAUCUUUGAUAUAUUAUUAUUGUUAAUCUGUGACAGCUGUUGCGACGCGAUACGGUUUUGUACAACUCUAUUGUCUAUGAUUUGAUCAAAUUGAAUUAAUAAUGGCAAUAUUAAAAAUAAUGCUGCUGGAUAACGGAUACAAAAGUAAUGUACAUAAUCACUGAAGUACAGUUAAUGAAUUUAUAAGUUUUUUUUUUCUACAUAAUUUACAGAUGAUCUUGUAGUCUUUUUAAUGUGUGCCAUUCUGAAGGUACAGCUGUUACCUUUUUUGUAUAACCUCAUCUCUGCUUUUCAAUAAUAACAUAAUACUCACGUAAUAUAAAUAAAUAAAAUAGUUUUUUAAAAUCCUACAACCAUAAGCAUAAUUUAUACAGGGUUAUUUUUAAGUUUUAACUUAUGAUUAGGUUUUUUUUUCCCCUUUCUUGUUACCAUUUUGAAUACAGAAAUGCACUGUUUGAUUCAACGUUCACAGACAAUAGUAACAAAACAUGAAUUAUGCACGGAAUUAAGAUCAUACAGAAUCCUCUUACAGCCAUUAUUGUAUGUUGAACAUUGUAUCCAAAUACAAAGAAGACGUCCCAAACAUCCCACUUCACACCCGCGAAAUGUUGUUAACUCCCAUUUCUUUCAUGUUAUAUGGUAGACUUUAAGAACAUAAGAGGUAAAAUAAUUACUGUAAACUGUUAAAUGUAUGAAAUUACUAACGGCAUGUUCG